AUCAGAGAGAAAUCCUAGUAUCUCUGAGCAGAGGCUAAAGGAGAGUGACAGUAAAAAGACAGUCUUAGCUCUUCUAUGCCUUUAAUAAAUGCUACUGAAUGCAGAGAGUUUGGCUAGGAAGGCUGGCUCAGGACCUCUCCUCUUCUUAGGGCUCCCAGCUUAGUAAGGUGGCUGGCCCUGCCUCCAGCCUCUAUCCUUCGGCCAGGUCGCAGGAGCGCAGCGCAGCCACCAGGGGGCGCAGACCGCGAGUCCGUGUGCAAGGCUUGGGGCGGAGUCAGCUGCGAGGCGGGCCCUGGAACGGCUUCCGGUUUCCGGUGGAGUCCUAGGUCGUCGCGCGCAGCUGUCAUGGCAGCCGAGGAGAAGGACCCGCUGAGCUAUUUCGCGGCUUACGGGAGCAGCAGCUCAGGCUCCUCGGGCGAGGAGGAUAACGUCGAGCCGGAGGAGACAAGUCGCAGAGCCCCGGAUGCGGCGAAAUCUGCGGGCAGCUGUGGGAACAAGGCAGAGAAGCGGCUGCCGGGACCCGACGAGCUGUUCAGCAGCGUGACUCGCCCAGCCUUCCUCUACAAUCCGCUCAACAAGCAGAUAGACUGGGAGAGGCACGUCGUCAAGGCGCCUGAGGAGCCUCCAAAAGAAUUCAAAAUAUGGAAGUCAAAUUAUGUCCCUCCUCCCGAGACCUACACUGCUGAAAAGAAACCUCCGCCUCCAGAGCUGGACAUGGCUAUAAAAUGGUCUAACAUAUAUGAGGACAAUGGUGAUGAUGCCCCACAGAAUGCUAAGAAAGCUAGGCUUCUGCCAGAAGGGGAGGAGACAUUGGAAUCAGAUGAUGAAAAAGAUGAGCAUACCUCUAAAAAGCGCAAAGUAGAACCAGGGGAACCAGCGAAGAAGAAAAAGUAGAAAACAGAUGAUCAGAAUUUCUGGACUGCUGAACUUACUGAAAUAUUUCUUUGGGUAAAAUAAGUUGAUGUUCUGGGAUUAUGAUGACACAACAUUUCCAUGAAGAUACAUAUGUUAAGGAACUAAUAAGUAUUGCCUCAAGUACUUUCCACUGUAGAAUUCAUUUUUCAUUUAAACGUAUGUAUUUAAAACUCAAAUGGUGAUUGUGAAAUUGACAACACUUGGAAAUACUCUUCCUAUCACAGAAUUGGUAAUAUGCUUUGAGAAUUUUGUCACGUGUUGACAUGCCAAUGUACUAAGAACCUUUUAUAAAGGAAUAUAUUUUUAACGUAAAUAUAUUGUGAUGUACUGUGAACUUGUAGGGUGCUUUUCAAUAGUGUCUGUACAGUGUAAAUAGAUCAUGGAAAUAAAAUUACUUAUUCAAUAUUACUAUUACUGCAUAACAUUAACAUCUGAAUAUUUGUACCCUCUUUGCCACAUGUUUUAAGUUGUAAUGAUAUUACCAGUGGGCGUCUCCCAUGUUCCCGGGUGCUUUGUGCAUAUGUUAACCUUGAUCCUUAAACAACCUUGUAAAGUAGGUGUUAGUAUCGUAUAAUAAAGAGUGCUUGAGUAACUUGUC